CAGUACAGUACUAUUUACCUCAAUCAUAUUGACCCUGAUUAUAGUAUAGCAAACCUUAUCACAGUAGAAUAUAUGGACUCAAUACACUAAAUUCACAAAGCAAAAUAGGGCAAAAAGUAGGACUAAGCCACCACAUUUAACUGAUUGAAGUUCGGACUUUGCCUCCGGAUUGGAGUACACGGUGGCACAACAGUAAACAUGGCUACACACAUAAGAUCUGCGACAGGAGCCUCACAGCGUCUUUUGACCAUCCAGAGCCACAUCAGCCCGGUAUUCGGGAACAAUGGCAUGGUCCUUUAUAGGACAGCAACAUCAGACGCUGCGCAGAAAGUCCUAGACACCCGCCGUAGUAUGAAAGUAUUUGAUAGCGACAUGAGCUUUCUCGACACUGGACCAAAGAACGCUGAAAGGGUCGUUUUGUUUUUGCAUGGUAACCCUAGUGCCGCAUACCUUUGGCGGAAUAUCAUCCCACACGUGCAAGCAAUCGGAACCAGGUGCAUCGCUCCAGAUCUAAUAGGAAUGGGACAUUCGGCGAAACUUGAAAACGACUGGUAUAAAUACGCCACACAUUACCGUUACUUGUCAAAAUGGAUCGAACAGAUGGAAUUACCAGAGAAGAUCAAUCUAGUUGUGCAUGACUGGGGAUCUGGUCUCGGGUUCAAUUGGUGCUACCAGCAUCAAAACCGUGUCAAGUCCAUCACACACAUGGAGAGCCUAGUCUCACCAGCGAAAGACUGGAGCGUUUUUCCCGAAGUGGCAAAAAACGCUUUCCAAGCAAUGCGUUCUCCGGGUGGCGAGGAAAUCGUUUUGAAAAAGAACUUUUUCGUCGAGAAACUUUUACCCGGGAGCAUUAUGAGAAAAUUAUCUAAAGAGGAGAUGGACGAGUAUCGGCGUCCUUAUCUAGAUGAAGGUGAAUCAAGGCGCCCAACGCUAACAUGGCCACGGGAGAUCCCGAUUGAAUCAGAUGGUCCACUUGACGUAGUAAACAUCACCAAAGCGUACGCUAAAUGGCUGCGUGAAUCGGGAAGUGUUCCAAAAUUGACAAUACUUGGGAAACCAGGAUUCUUCAGCUCAGAUAUUGAAAUGGAUACAAAGGAUUGGCCAAACAACAGAACAAGAACUGUCAAAGGACUUCACUUUCUUCAGGAAGAUUCACCAGACGACAUCGGUGCAGCAAUUGCGGAGUUUCUGAACGAUAUUUACGCAGGGAAAGCAGCAUAAAUGAAAAUACAGAAUAUGUUCCAUACCCGGGGUUCCAUAAGAUACAUUUCCCAUGUUAAUUCGAUAAAGCUUACACAUGUAGCAGACGAGAAUUAUUUAUAUAUUUCAUCAGAAGUUCUUUUUUCAAACCGUAAUUAGACAAAACGGUCUAUUGGAAUGAUCCUACCGCCUACCAGUAAACCCCGUUGCUGACUUCUAAGACAAUUGCCAAUGAUGGUAAGAAAAAUCUAAAUGACCCUCAAUCUGCAUACAUGGAUGCCUGAACAUUGAGUCCACUCAGUGUGUACAGUAAAGAUAAAUUAAUUUUUGUGUAAAAAAAUCAAUGAUAAUAUUUUUUAUGUAUAUUAAAAAACUUUCAAGAUCAAACGACGAUCUAAAAUCAAAAUUUAAAUCUAAACUGUUAAGGAAUCAAACCAGGAUGAAAUCACAAAAAUACAUACUGUAGAUUGGGUUAAUUUGGCGCUACUUAAUUUGGCGAUUAUGCCAUAUAUGAAAAAUACAUAUAUUGUCAGAAUGAAAUCAAAGAUAUUACAUAAAUUAUGAAUGCAUGAAAUCGCAAAAAUAUAUGAAAUAUGGAAAAUAUGGAUGAAUAUAUGGAAUCACAAAAUAUAUAAAAAAAAACAUAAACAUAAUAGCAAACGUACCAUGUGCCACGACCUUGGACACCUCCACGCCCAUUUCUCCCGCCAUGAAUCCAAGAACACUGAAUAUAACAAAUCCUGCGAACACGCUGGUGGCGCAGUUUGUAAUCGACACGAUCAGAGCGUCUCUGGAAUGGGAAAAAUAUUAAUCACGGGAGGUUAAGC